UAUAUUUUAAGAUUUUACGUCACUAUUCUCAUAUUUUCGAGUUUUUAAAAAUAAUUCCGUGCCUUGAUGCAAUUUUUCAUUUCCAGCUGUUUCUUAUUUAUUGCCUGGAUGUAUCCCGAAAAAUCAUUGAAAAUUACAGAAUGGAAACUAUGGUAAGACCCUCUCUGAUAAAUCAAUAACUGCAAGGGAAUUAUUAUUUACUUGGCAACCACAACAGUUGUUGUCCCUACAUACACUCCCAAUAUCGUUCAUAUCGCGGAUUUUUUUACGAUGAUUUCCACACGAGAAAAUUUGCUGAUAAGACCCUGGCAGCAAAGAAAGUACGAAUAUCAUAAGAAGAAGGUUCUCUUAGCCACCCCGGUAAUAGAUACAAAGUCGCCUCCGUUUCGGGGUCAUGUAGCAUUAAAAUUAAAAAAAUUACAAAAAGAAAACGAGAGAACCGAAAAAAUCGAACGUGACAAUUUAAUUUUACUGCAAAAAUUGAGGCACAUCAUGACCACCCACUGGUCCGAUAACUAUUUAGCACCUCAACCGACUUUUUUGAGCAGAGUGGGGGUUUACAGGCCGGUAGAUUCUGGAAUAGAUUUAAAUGACUUUUCCAAGAGUCUGGAUUUUGAUGAAGUGGAUGCAUAUUCCAAGCCAAAAUGUAGAAAAGAAAAAUGCCUGGCUUGUGGUCCUAUUAAAUACGUUGAAAGUAUUAAAAUACCCGAAGAAAGGGUGCCCUGGGAACCUCAAAAAGCUGAAAUUACUAAAAGAAGGAGCAGGUCAGUCCCAUCAAGAAUAAGACCUGAAAGAGAUCAUUUAUCAACAAUACCAAAUAAACCAAAAACUGCAACAACAUUCAUUGAAUCCAAAAAAUUAGAUGAUAACGCCAAAGGGGUCAAAAAGGUGCCCAGUACAGAUUUCAGUAAAAAUUGUAUCUCCCUAUCCAGAGGUUCUUUGAAGUUGGACAUCAAUUUUCCUUCGGAUGCCAACGUUAAGUUUGAUCUACAUAAAAGGCAGAAUAAAAUAUGUAGAUGUUCCAGAGGCAUGAAAAAUUAGGAAAACAACCUCAACAAAAGCACGUCUCCAUGAGAAAUGCAUUAUACACGUAUUCGGAGCAGGCACCUAAAUUAAGCUGAUCAAAGGGUCCAAUAAAUAAAAUUUUUUAAACUAUACGUAUAAAUAAAAAAAAUAAUGACAAAUA